ACACAUACACCCAGGGAGAGAGAGAGAGGAGAGGAUCCAGGCGGCGGCGGAGAAAAGACCGAGGAUGGAGCAGCAGACCCAAAGAAAAGACACCAGAGCCUGAGAGAAAGCGCCCUUCCCCUCCUCUUUUUGUCGCUUCCUCAGCUGGAGAGGAAACGGAGGACCGCUGCGCUGAUUGAUAUGGAUUCUCUCGUCUAUUUUUCUAUCGAUUCUGCUUUAAUUAGUGACCCCCGCUAGAGGAAGAGGAAGAGGGAUACAGCGAAAGGAGGAGAGGGAGGAGCGAAAGUCAAACAGGGGGUGCUGCCUGCCUAGCCUUACUUUAUUAUUUCAUUAAUUCUUUACCAAAUAAUGUUUUUACGUUGCAUUAUUGUGUCGCUUUGUGUAUUCUUCUUCAGACCAGCCAGCUACUAACCAAAUCUUCACCAGAACCAAAAAUUAAAAUCAGCUCCACUCAGAUACGGACAUUUCUUUUUCUUUUCUUUUUUUCUUCCCGAGGAUUCACGGGUGGACAGUUUUAGACUUUUACGGACAGAACUGGAGGAGGAAAACAUUUUUAUUAAACCCAAAACCAAAGCAAAGAGACGGAACCUCACCGGGCUUUACGCACAAACUGUGUCUGCUCCGACUGUUCACAUGGGCGCAAUGAGAGCAGCUCUCAUCCGGGCUCAGAAACCUCCAGCCUGCUUGGAUAACCACUGAUCAGGCAUCGAUCACAAACAUCCACCAGACCUGAAAGCAGAGCGAUGCAAAUCUGCAGAAGAAGAGUCCAGACUCCCCGAAGGAAAAACACCUAAACUUCCUGAACCGUCCCAGCGUCCUCAAAGCGUCCGCAGAGCAGGAGAGCAAAGCCGGCAGGCAGGCCAGAGAACGACGGCAGGACCCCGGACAGAAGGAGCAGCGAAGUGAGACCAGAAUAAACAAAAAAAUCCAACGACCACCAGGUCGACAGAGGACCAUGUUUGUCCCCCUGCCGGUCCCCUUCGUCUUUCAGAGAACAGCGUCCGACUUCAGCGCCUGGAGACUCAAGUCCUCGCUGGUCCCGCGGUCCAGCCCCGAUAUCAGGAUGUCCAAAGCACCAGGGGAGGAGAAACCUGGAGCUGAAUAUCCAGGCGACGGUUCAGACUCUGACAGAAACAGUCCUGAUGACCAGCUGCAGGUCCAGAAGAUGAGAAGCAGCCCUUACAGCCUUUCACCCACAGCAGCAGGCAGCAAGGUAAAGAGCGAAGAGAGCUCAGAGAUAACACACAGCGCCGCUGCUGCUGCUCCUCCUGCUGCUCCGCCCUCCCAACAACAGCAGCAGCAGCAACAGGCUCAGCAUCACCACACACAGCUGAUGCUCGCCAGCAGUCAGCUGGCAGGGCUCGCCGCUCUCCUCCCGGCCCAGCAGCAGCUGCUCCUCCAGCAGGCUCAGGCUCAGCUGCUGGCGGCCGCCGUGCAGCAGUCCAACGCCGCUCACGCCGCCGCCCACGCCGCCGCGCAGCAACAAGCCAAUCAGCAGCAGCAGCCGCAGCAGCAACAGCCAACCAAACAGGAGCAACCGGUCCAAGCUCCGCCUCCACAGCUGGCGCUGUCGCAGCCCAUCCAGCUGACCGCGCAGGACAUCCAGCAGCUGCUGCAGCUCCAGCAGCUGGUUCUGAUGCCGGGUCAUCCGCUCCAGUCGCCGGCCCAGUUCCUCCUGUCCCAGCCUGCACAGGCGCAGCAGCCGCCGCAGGGUUUGCUCUCAACAGCCAAUCUGAUCCAGCUACCUCAGCAAAGCGCAGGAGGCCUUCUCACAAGCCCGCCUCGCAUGGGGCUCCAAGCACAGAGGGAGAAGAGCAGCGAUGCAGGAAGCAGCAGCAGCAGCGCAGCCUCUGUAUCCGCCAGCGGAAGCAGCGCCGUAACGUCUGUCGGAGCCAGCUCUGCGUCCAGCAGCGUCAUGGCCUCCUCCUUGACCUCCGGCUUGAAUCCCGGCGGUCAGACGGCUCAAAUGAGCGAAGAACCGAGCGACCUGGAGGAGCUGGAGCAGUUCGCCAGAACCUUCAAGCAGCGGCGCAUUAAACUCGGAUUCACACAGGGUGACGUUGGCGUGGCGAUGGGGAAACUGUACGGAAAUGACUUCAGCCAGACCACCAUCUCUCGCUUCGAAGCGUUAAACCUGAGCUUUAAGAACAUGUGCAAGCUGAAGCCACUGCUGGAGAAGUGGUUGAGUGACGCAGAAACGAUGGCGGUGGACAGCAUGCUGCCCAGUCCGUCCUCCAUCUCCUCCCCCAUGUUGGGCAUCGAAGGACUUCCCGGCCGACGCAGAAAGAAACGCACCAGCAUCGAGACGAACGUACGAGUGGUGCUGGAGCGCAACUUCAGCACGAACCAGAAGCCGACGUCGGAGGAGAUCCUGCUGAUGGCGGAGCAGCUCAACAUGGAGAAGGAGGUGAUCCGCGUCUGGUUCUGCAACCGCCGGCAGAAGGAGAAGCGCAUCAACCCGUCGAGCAGCAGCACCCCACCCCUGCCCAGCCAGACCUCGCCUGUCGUGACGCACAAAGCCCACUGCUACAGCCCCCACAUGAUAUCGAGUCAGAGUCUGUCCCAGGUCACCACCAGCCUCAGCACAACAGGAGCCAGCUCUUCACCCUCAGCUUCCUGCCCUAUGACCCCGGUCAGCUCGGUGGCCAUGUCGUCGUCUGCCACUCCUCCUCCUCCUCACAGCACAGCCAGCCCGGCUCCUUCCAGCCUCGGCACGGCCGGGCUCGCCACCGGGAACACAAUGAUGGGAGUAAGCACAGGGAUGAACCAGGCCCUCAUUGGCAGCAAUCCUCUGGCUACCAUGCAAGCAGACAGAAUCACUCCCUCGGUCCGAAUCCGGCCCCCUCCCCGGCUUUGUUCGCUCCGUUCCUGGACUGACUAAGGAAUAACCUCAAUAAACUGACUUUAUAUAUUUGAUUUUUAAAUUUUUUUUAUUUGCUUUUCCAUUGUGUGUCUGUUUCCCCGAUGCUUCGUUCAUACCUUCCCAUCGCCUCUUCUGUUGCUCUUUUUCUUGAAAUGUUUGGAAACGACUGUGAAAAUGUAGCUUCCAAGAUUCAUGAAAGGCAGCGGGGGGAGAAUCUGCUGUUCAGUUCAUCCAGAAAACCAAAAUCUCUUUUUUUUAAAAACACAACCAAACCAAGUAGAAGAACCAAACCACUGCACAAGCUGAGUGACUGAGUCCGAAUGUCUGAGCGCAAACUGACCCGAAAUUAUGGCCGAGUUUCUGUUCUUCAACCUGGACUUGUUUCUCGUUUUUGUUUCACAAUAUUUUUCCCAAAUUAGAAGUGAAAAUAGCACUUUUUCAUCAAUAUUAAGAAAUUAUUGACUUAAAACAAGCUAUUUUUUUCUGAAAAGUUACUUGUAAGUUAAAUUUAUCUUUUUUCAAGUGUAUCUGAAUAUUUGAAAUACUUAAAGAUUUUUGGUUUGAUGUACUUUUUACUUUGAGAUGAACACAAAUCAAAGCAAUUAUCAACAAUUUAAGGUUUUUUGCACUAUUUAGUGAAAAAUCUGAAGGGAUGAGAAUCUUUCAAUUUGAGCAAAUAUGGUAGUUAAAAAUAUUACAUUUGUAAUCAGUGUUGUUAUUUCCACUAAGGACCAAAUUAAAGUCGAGAUCAGAUCGUUUAAAUUGCAGUUGGAAAAAAUCUGGAUUUGUUAUUUGUCUCCACUUUAUGAAUUAAAACACAACAAGAUCAAUCCUUGGAUAAAAACAAAACAAUAUGUUGUUUUUGUUGCUCGAAAUUUGCAAGCAAAAUUCUAUUCAAAGUGCAAAUCUAUUAUAUUUUGUAAACAUAAAUACAAAACAUUGCUGUAAAAAAUCACUUUAAAUUGGGAGAAAAGGAUUGUUAGUUGGAUCUCUAUUCUGAGAUUUCAGAUCCUCACUGUUACGGUAACCUCGACUUAAAAAUGUGAAACAAAUUUAUGUAAAAUGAUCUAAAUAGUUUAUCUUAAAAUAUAAACAGAACAGUUAUGCUUCUUAUGAUUUUGAUCCGUGGAUGUAAAAAAACAUAAAAUAUCCACCUGCUAAAUCUAUUCAAGUCAUUAUUUGACAGAAUAUCAGAAUUUCCUCUCUAAAUAAGUCAAGAACAGAUCGUGAAAACCAGUCCAGUGUUGAAACCAGCAGGUUUUAUUUUACAGCGGCACAAAACUGCAGGUGAUGAAGAUGGUGAUGAAGAUGGUGAUGAAGAUGGUGAUGAAGAUGCUGAUGAAGAUGGUGAUGGGGUUCGGGAGGCAGAUUUUUAACAUCCACUUCCAGUGGGAAUGUAAGCGUUUCUUCCUUCGAUCUGAUUCUCAUUUUUACCGAGGCUGGGACUUUUAUCCUCCGAUGAAAACCGAAGACGACGAUUUCUGAACCAAAAGCUUUAAAACUUUUUCCUCUCUCAUGUGUUCUUUGUUGGACAAAAAAAAAGAUAUUUGUAUUUAUUGUAUGAGGGAGAUGUGUGCUUUUCCUGGGUGGGGGGGAGGGUGUCGAGGGAAAAAAGUGUAAUGUAUUUUAUGAACCUCUCUGUCCCUCACUUUGUUUAUUUAUUGAUUAUUUAUGUAUUUAUUGGAUUCUGUUUAAGUCUGUUUGACCUUUGUACUCGUUUUCAGGGGUUCGUGAGGCUUGUACCCACAGAGAGGCGUUCUUCAGAUUGUUUCAAACCAAAACAAACUUUAGUGACUGUUUUUAACUGAGACGGAGAGCGAGGAAGAGGAGGAAUGUAACCGAGGAAAAUCACACUUACAAUUUGUUCUGCUGACUUCUGAUGAGUUUUUCCUUCAGACUUCAGCUUUAAGUCACAAAUUCCUCUUUAAAUUCUAAUAAAAUGCCUUAAUUUUUCUAACUUUCAUAUCAAAUAUUUUAAUUUCAUUUUCCCUAGUAGGUUUUUAUUUAAAAACAUCAGUAAAUCUUUACAGGUCCAAAAAAUUAUCUCAUAAUCUGUUGAUUCUUAGAGCUUCACUGCAGUUUCUUUGACCAAAACUUUAUCGUUUAUCCUGAUGUUUUUAUGCAUCUGCAACCAUAAAACUCAACAAACAAAAGAAGGAUUUCAAAUUGCUUAAUUGUUCUGACUGGAAAAUAAUCAGAAAAUAAACACAGGAAUGCUGUUUAUUUAGCAUAAAAUUCCCCAGAAGCAAAAUCACACGACAUCUGAUUUUAGGUUGGAGCAGUAAAACUGCAUUAUAAAGCAACUGAAAACCAUUUUUAACAUCCAAUUUGUCUCUUUUUUUGUACCAGAUAUCUGUCUAGCUGCAGCAUGAAGCAUGUUUCAGAAACAAUGCUCCACAUUUCUCCGUGUUUUGACACAUUUCUAUCGGUUUUUAUAUCCUUUAACUUGAUUUUAAAUCCAGAGUGAAUUUCCUCCUUUAACUUCUCCUCUGUUCUCCGGAAAGAUUCCCCUUCGUCCCGUCGCGGGAUCAGGACUCAAAACAAAUACCUCUGAUGCUCUGAUGAAAAAAACCAAAUAGACUUUCGAGCUUUAAAGAUAAAAACUAAAACAAAGACGUGUCUGAACUCAGGAGUGAGGGAUGUGAACCGUUUAAAGGCUUUAACCUCCAUUUUCACUGAGGUGCUUGAGGGUCUGACAGAGGACGGUGUGUGUGCGCGCUCAUCAUUUCUGUCAGAGGCGUUUCAAACCUGGCUUCUCUGUUUUUGUUUUUUUGACUCCAUCUGUUUGUGUGCCUGUGCAGUCGGACUGUGGUGGCGACCCAGAAUGAUACCAAAGUUAAAAACUGCCACAGCGAGCCGCUACACCACAAACACGCCGUUCCACGUGUACAUAUAUAUAUUGUUAGUGACGAAUUAAAGGAAACGAUCGCCUGAUGUUCAUAUAACACGGAUACAGCGGGCGUUUUCUACUGUAGUUCUUCUGUGGAUGUGAAUGUUCAUUUUACUGCAACCAUCUCCAUGAAAUAAGACUUUCUGAUGGCCUCGGUGAGCGACUAGCAGACAGAAUAAAUGAGAGAAUAACUUCUGGCCCGUGUUCUUGAUUUAUCGAGGAGAAAGCUAAAAAAAAAUUUCCUUUCUAUUUUUUCUACAAUGCAGCUUAAAUCCAAAGGUUAAGAGGACAGCAAAGAUAGAUUUUACUGCUAAAGAAAAAAAAAACCUCAACAGUGAAAACCAAAGAGCUCCACUUUGAUUUCUCCGCAUUGUACAACCCCCACGAUUUUAUGACGGGAACUCCUAAAGUGUUCUUUAAUAAAGCUAAAGAUGGUGGUGGUGAAGCUCAGAGAGGCACCACUCUGUAUCUAUGGGGGGGUUGUUUUUAUCAUGCCGACGAUAUGCUGUUUUUUGACCUCAAGACUCUCUCUCUGUCUGAGUUUGUUUCUGAAACCUGGUUCUGUUGGGAACGUUUGGGUUUGAAACCGUUCUGUUACUGUCCCUUAACCCAUCGCUAUCUGUGUGCCUGUUGU